UUCAUUUUUAAAUGAUGGAAGGUCAUAUUCUCUCCAUCCUUCUGGUCAUGGUGGUGCAGUUUUUCACUGGGGUCUUGGCAAAUGGCCUCAUUGUGGUUGUCAAUGGUAUCGACUUGAUCAUGUGGAAGAAAAUGGCCCCACUGGAUCUGCUUCUUUUUUGCCUGGCAACUUCUCGGAUCAUUGUGCAGUUGUGUAUAUUGUUUGUACAACUAAGUUUAUUCUCUUUGGUGAAGCACACAUUAUUUGCUGAUAAUAUUAACUUUAUCUUCAUUACAAAUCAACUGAGUCUUUGGUUUGCCACAUGGCUUGGUGUUUUCUACUGUGUCAAGAUUGCUACCAUCCCUCACUCACUCUUUCUGUGGCUAAAGAUGCGGCUAGCCAGGUUGGUACCAUGGAUGAUCCUGGGAUCUGUGCUCUAUGUAACUAUUACUACAUUCAUCCAUAGUAGAGAGACUUCAGAAAUUUCUAAACAUAUCUUUAUAAGCUUUUAUUCUAAAAAUGCAACUCGGGUCAGACCAAUACAAGCCACACUACUUUCGGUCUUUGUCUUUGAGCUCAUAUUGCCAUUGCUCAUCUUCACUGUCGCUGUUCUGCUCUUGAUAUUCUCCCUGUGGAAACACAGCUGGCAGAUGAGGACUAUGGUGGGCACCAGGGAACCUAGGAGACAUGCUCUUGUCAGUGCAAUGCUGUCCAUUCUUUCAUUCCUCAUCCUCUAUCUCUCCCACUACAUGGUGGCUAUUCUGAUCUUUACCCAAGGCCUCCACUUAGGAAGCAGAACCUUCGUAUUCUACUUAUUGUUUAUUGGUAUGUACCCUUCAUUGCACUCGAUUGUCUUAAUUUUCGGAAACCCUAAGCUGAAACGAAACGCAAAAAUGUUCAUUGUCUAUUUUAAGACUUGUCAUUGUACAAGAGCUUGGGUCACCUCAAGGAGCCCAAAUCUCAGUGACUUGCCAGUGCCUGAUACUCAUCACUCAGCCAACAAGACAUCCUGCUCAGAAGCCUGUGUAAUGCCAUCUUAA